UCUCUCGUUCGAAGCCGCAGGAGUUGGUUGUCUUGUAGUGUGGUAGUUUAUUCGAGUUCGUUUUGUCGGUCGGUCGCGCUUUUAGUGAAGUGAGUUAUUGAAUUUUUAUACGGUGGAAUAUAUCCCCCCAUUCGGCAGCUGGAUGGAAGAAAAGUGUUCUGAUAGACUGGAAAAAGGUAUUCCGAAGGAUUAGCUGUAGUCGGUGUCUGAUUGAAAUCCGGAGCUAGUAAAGGAAGCAUUCAAUAGUGAAUAAUGGAACCGCACAGAUCCCAAACGAAUCAGCAUACGGGUGGAUUUUUCAAAGUUGGUGGAAAAUCGAAGAGAUUGUAGCAGCCGACCCCCUCACCGUUUCUCGCAUAGUUUUCCUCGAACUGACCGUCGCGUGGAUUCUCGGAGCAUAUUGACAAAGUGAGUAACAGAGCAGCGCCGGAGAGUUUUGCCCGAGUCAUCGACACGGAAGACGGCUCCGCGAGCCCGAGAUGUGUUGAUACUGAAACCCGACGGCAAGUGAGAGUGUGCGUGAGGAAAAACAUUAUAAUCAAAGGGAGAAAAAUAGAAGAAAAUUCAGACGGGUGGAAGAGUGGCCGCCACACGCAGGGGGUGGAAUCGUGAAUCGUAGCGGUGGACAGCUAACCCCAUGUGCGAUAUGAUUUAGGAAGAGUGUGAAAAAACCUGUGUAGGACAAGCCCCGAUGACGGGAUGACGAAAAAUCGAAUGAAGUGAAGUGAAAAUUCGCAAGUGGAUACCAAUGUCCGAAGUAGGAAAAAUACGGCCGCAGAAUGCGAAGAAAGAAGAUUGACGUCUGAAUGUGCGAAAUUUGUUUCUUAUUUUGGAUACGCGCGUGCUCUAAUGGCGAGGAUGCUGGAUUGAUCUGCUCAAUUGGAUGGAGGCCAAACAUCGCGUGCCGAUGCAGUGUAGAUGUCCAGGGCAGAAGAAGAAAACGAAAUAACAAUUCCAAAUGUGUACGAACGCAACCGGGCGUAGCUGGAACACAAAACUGUAGUGAAAGUUUACACCCGUCGUCUAUCUCUCCCACACGGCUGUGCCCACCGACUUCGAUUUAUCUAUCGUCGCGUCGGGUGGUUCUCCGACCAGUGUGAUCGUCAGCGCUUAUCGCCGUACCCUGCAACCACGCGUUUUUUUGUUUAUAGUUUGUAGUUGUGCCGUUUUUUUCGCGCUACGUUCCAUUUCGUUCGUUCGGUCCGGUAGGUAGGUGUGUAACUUGAAGCCUGUAACCGUAGAAGCACAAUGUCCAGCUGGGCGCAACGAAUGCAUCGCCGGGCAGCGACCCUGGGCAGUGUGGUCACCUCGUGUGGCCACCCGGGAUCGCCCUACCCGCACCGGCUGGAAAAGGUCAAAUUUGGCGUUCCGCUGGACGAGGUGUGCAAAAACGACAUUCCUGGUCCGCUGCUGGUGCUGAUUCUGAAGCUGAACAAGGAAGCCCCGGUGCUGAAAGACGUAUUUCGGGCACCCGGACAUCAGGGUGCGAUGAAGAAGCUGAUUCACUUCCUACAGCAGGGUCGGCUGGUCAACGUGGACAACUAUUCGGUGUACACAAUCGCUUCGGUAUUGAAGAAGUUUCUGCGCAAAAUACCAGGAGGGGUGUUUGGCCGGGAGGGCGAGGCAGAACUGUUCCAGAUCGUGGACAUCGAAGACGAACAAGUGCAGCAGGAGAGGAUUCACAAACUACUUAUGUCACUGCCAGGCCACACGCAGCGGCUGCUGGUGCUGCUGUUUGGCACCUUUCGGGUGAUAGCCAGCAAUUCGGAACGGGCCGGUACCGGGAUGACCAGCGAAGCGCUCGGGGUUUCGGUGGCGCCCAGCUUCUUCCAGUCGUGCGUCAGCGACGGCAAAACUGCCCGGAUGGAGGACGUACUGCGGUUUAAGGUGGCGACCCGGAUCAUGAAGCAGAUGAUCGAACAGUUUGCGGCGUGCGAUCUGUUCGGGCGAGACAACUACGAGUACUACGCCCGCGUCACCGGGCGGGUCCUGCGGGUUCAGGACGAGUGGAUCUUCUCAUUCCGGUAUCCACCGCCGCCGCGGGGGAAAACCGCCCAGCAGAACUAUGCAUUAAAACUAGCUUUAGAAACCGAGAAAACCUGGCUGCAGUGUGAAUGCGAGCGAUGGGGGCUAAUCGCACAGGAGGAGUCCCACUCGACGCCGGCCCUGUUGACCACGGGUGGCCCGAACGUGGGCAACUCGGCCGUUUCCUUAGGCAUCAUUCCAGAGCACUCGUUGCUGGAGUCCUGCGCGCGACUCUCGGUGUCGCUCGAGGGCCCCGGCAUCUUCAACGUGCAAAAGUCCAGCUGUUCCACGUCGUCGCACUCGUCCUCGUCGACGACGACCCGGUCCGGCUCGCAGCACCACAUGACCCUGGACGAACUGCGGGCGGUCAACCGGUACGCCGAGAGCACCAAGAGCCUAUCCUUCCUACCUCAGCAGGUCCACGAACGGCAGGCGGCCCGAAUGCGCACCCGAUCCGAGUGGUUCCUGGGAGCUCGCGGCGGUUCCCUGGAGCUGUGCCAUCCGCAGAUCAUCACCUCGACGCCGAUCCCGGGCAGCAUAUUGGGCGGUGGCGCUGGCGGACCAGGACCCGGACCCGGGCUGCAUCACCACGGCAUUAUCGUGGGAAACGUCGGUCUGAGCGCGUCGGCCGAGUCGGUCCACCAUGUGAAGCGGCCCAGCCGUCGGGGCUCGCGCCACGGUCACGUGCAUCGAAGCUCGUCCCGGCGGAACAAGGAGAAUGGUUCGUCCCGGUCCAACAGCUUCCGGAACAAGAACUCCACUGCCAAAGGUGGUGGAAGUGGUGGCGCCAGUGGCAGCGCUACCAGCGAGGCCAACAAUCUCGGCAAUAGCAGUGUUGCCAAAGUGACGGCACCGAAGGAGCACAACCGAAUCCGAAAGCAGCGGGCGGUGUCGUUCGAGCAGACGUCGGCCCUGACGGGGACCACGAUGACAACUUCGGCCUCCGGGUGUCCCAUGCUGGUCGUUGGACCGAUGAUCAAUCCGAAAUGGCACGAGCACGCUUCGAAGUCGUUGGACGAGAAGAAAUUGCUAAGUAAGCAGAACAACAUCGGACCGCUGAUGGAUGGCGAUGCGGAUCUCAUUGGGGACGAUCAGUGUGCCGGCGGGGGCGCCCCGAUGAUCACGGGUGGUGCCGAUAGCGACGGCGAUUGGCACAUGACGGACCAAAGCCAGACGGGUCAGAUGCAGCCGCAACAACCGGCGCCCAGUUCGGUUGGGCCGGCGGCCCAUAGUUCAUUGUUGCACCACUUCAAGCCACCGCGGAUAUAAAUGUAAGGUAUUACACUUUUAAAGUAGGUAUUUAAGGGGCGGGCAGUGGGCGAGGAUCCGAUCGGAUCCAGAGUCGAAUAAUUCGAUUUCAUUCUUUUUUUAUUUAAUUUUAGUGUCUAUUAACGUAGCUGUGAGAAAUUAAGUAUGUGGUGCGUCGUAAAAAGAAUCGCGCGAGAGUGUUUGACGUUUAGUUAGACAAUUACGGAAAUUUUUACUAUAGAUGGUAGUCCAUUGUGUAACAAAGAACUGAUUCAUUACUCUUCUUGGAACGGUUGAGAAAAAGGUAAAAUUGGAUCUUCGUUGUUAGAAAUGUGUUCCGUGAUUUUAAGGACAUGGUACAUGCAGUGGAGCUUUCUACAUUAGACCAUUAUCUAUGAAUUAUGCACCGCAAGAACCUCUUCACAGAUAUAAAAUUUCACUGAAAAUUACGCUAAAAAUCAUGCACAUAAAUGGAACGCCAUUAUUAGCGUAAUUCCAAACGGGAUAUAGCCCAAAUGUAAACAAUAUUUGACGUGAAUCGUCAGUAUUGUAUACAAGUUGUAAGCAAUCUUGUUAGGAAGAGGACCAUUUCAGCGUAUAAUAGCGUAAAUUUCCGCAUGUUAAGUUUUACGCGCUGUUUAUUUUUCAUUAUUUUUUUCUGUGUUGAUAAACAAUGAAAAGCAAUGCGGAAAAUUGACGAUAGCACUCCCUGCUUACCACAAUGGCUCUUAUUCAGAAUUUCAAAGCAAGAAUAAUCAAGCAAACUCUGGCAACCAGUACCGGGCUGAAGCUGUAAGAGGCGGCAGACCCAGCCCGACUUCUAUUCAUGAAUUUCAGUUAUUAUCUGCCUCUGAAAACACCGAAGAUGGAGCUUGGUCUUUCAAAUCUAUUUCUCAGGCAUCUGUUGAUGAACACGUGCAGCCAUAUGGUGUUCUCUUUUUCGUAGUCAGUGAAAACCAAAAAACAGGACUCUUAGAAUUCGUUAAUUUGAUCCAACGAAGCUUGACCAUAUGGUGAACACAGGAUUUUCCGGGAUGGAAUCUGGCUUACUGUCGCCAGAGAGUCUCAUCGAUCUUCUCCUACAUUCGGAUCUGGAUCACUUUAGAUAGAGCUUUGAGAACGGUACAUAGCCUUGCCAGUUAUCGAAACUAAGCAGUUUAUCUUUUUAGGCAUCUUCAUCGAAAAAGUUACAGUGCCCGAAAUAUUGCGAAACAAACGAUGCUACAUUAGAGCAGAUGUAAUGGGGUCAGCUUUCAGUAUUUCGGAUGUUAUGCGAUCGAUUUGUUAGAUUUGGCUUUGAUUGGAUUCUAUGCUUUGGAUGGACGUUUGUGUUUUAACAAUGAAGGAGCUUCGAUAUUGACGCGUAGCUGACCAGUGUUUUUUUUUUUUUGCAUACAUCCUCGUUUCUCAUUCGUAAGCCAGAGCGACCGCCCAUGUAUUGCUUGUCCCAUCGUACGGGUGUUUCGCUUCCUUCUUCAGAACCGACGGACUAACCGACGACUAUCGUUACGCUAUAUUGGCAUUUUGUUCAAUUCUCGAAUCAAGAAGGCUCGCUUUUCAUUCUCGGCUGAGGCGGAUAUGAUCGUUUUGAUUUUCGGUAACGUCGUCAUCAGAUACUCUCGUGACCUUGUGAACCGGUCGAUAAGGGAAGAGCGAUCAUGCGUUCAUCAUGUCGUUGUUACUACAGAAUUCUGUGAAUAGAAUUCCGUUUUCGCUCAUUUCUCUGAACCCGUGGCGUCCCAUAAUAUGUUUGAGCUGUAGGAUCCGUUCUUCGUAUUGAAGUCGACCAUGAAAAUCUUGACAUCAUCCUUCGGAGUUCUAUGUACGGCUGAAGAAAUGCUCUUUGUCUUGCAGAUCGACAGCAUUGGUAAGGUUUCGUAUCAUUGUUCUGCAUCUGGCAACGAUUAUCCUUCCAUCUAUGUAAGUUCCCACUUCAAACGCGUGAAGUGUGUCGAUUAGUAGAAAAUAAGAGUAAGAUCUCAAAUUUAAUACAGCGCGCCUCUUUAUCAAGUUGUGCCAAAUUAAAUCAGUCGUCGUUGUUAAAUCAGUCCGAAAUCGUUAGGUUCUCGAACAAUUUAUGAGUACCAGAGAUAUGUAGGACGCCUCUUCCCAGAUGUCUACUCACCUUAACAUGAACAAUGAACGCAAUGAGCGUUUACCGUUUAAUCGACUCAGUAUACGCGUUUUAAAAUUUCGUUAAUGCAUCUGACUCUAAUUCCUAGUUUCUUCAAAACAUGUUACAAUUCAGAUACAACCAAAUGCCAAACGUGUCAAACGACGCUUUCGAAUUUAUUCUCGAAAGACUUUGAUUGAGUGACAUUUAAUAGAUGCUGCAUCAGAUCAAAAGCCUUUGAAAGAGUAAUAUUUCAAAUGCCAGUUUAUGUUGAAUCAACGGAAACUUGACUACCUAAGAUAGUCUUAGAUCUCAAAACGGUACAUACGAAUUAUUUCAGAAUGACUUGCGGAACACAUUUCUAACAAAUAUGAUUCGAACAAAACGAUCCAAAAUAUAAAAAAAAAUCGUGCAUCACCCAAAUAAAGUUAAUGAUAAUCACAUCGAUUCCGCUUAUUUUAUCACUAUACAAAAAGAAAAAAAAUAAUUUAAUAGGCACUAGAAGUCAAAACAGUGGUAUUCACUGAAACGUUGUUGGUAUUACCGUUAAGAAUAAGAUAGAUCGAUUUUUCUCUCAUUCGAAAAACCCAAACCAAAAAUGAAACGUAACUGAUUAUGAUCGGAGUGCGAGUGUAAGGCGCACUAAGCCACUCAACCCGAAACCAGGAAGCCAAAUUUCAACCAACUGAUUUACUGAUAUAUUGUAUCCAGAGACUACAAAUUUUAGCUAAAGGAAAAUUCUAAUCGAAAUCGAUGUGUCCGUUUAUAGAGUAUAAAGUAAAACAGUUUUCGAUCGUCAUCGGUUCUAAUUGUUCGAAUACACUUAUAGGGUAGCUGUCGUUUUCGUCGUCGGCAGAUCGGUUCGCGGUCUGACCCCAAAAAUAGAAUGUAAAUUUUCGUUGAAUUUUCGUUAGUAGGUCUUAAUCAAUCAAGAAUCUAAAGUGGAUAAGCAUAAAAUGGAAAACAAGUAUUAUCAAUCGUUUUUUUUUUUCUCAAAUGAAUUUCAUUCAUUACAUUAAGAGUAAGAGCGGAAACUAAGAAUGAGCGCUCUUUCAAAGAGUGUAGAAUAAGCUAAGAACAAUCCAUUUUCUAAAAUAGAAACACAGUACAUGGUAACGGUAAACUACUCAACCACUAGCAAGAAAAAAACCAAUGAAACGACGAUAAACGUUACGCAAAUAUAGUCUACUACAUUAGAAAACAUUUACUUUAUUCGUAAUCGAUAUCGUUAAAGCCAACAACUCACACAACAUUCCUUAAUUGUACGACAAAUGAUAAGAAGAAGGGCAACGGGCAUGGAGGAAGUAAUUUUUAAAAUCAUUGCUCAACCACCAGUGUAAGAAAUAGUAGGUAUGGAUAGUUUUCGUAUAAGAUGUAGGUCAGAAAGUCGCAGAAUUAUGCCCAAAAUCUGAAUGUUAUCAUAGGAACGGCUCGGACAGACCGAAUUCGACAAAACAACAAGAAUUAUUCUCACCCUGACGUAGUAGGUAACCAAAUAUAAUUUGCUAGAAUCACAACCAAAGAUUUCACCAACGAAAAAGAUAAAUCGACCUGUGCAGAUUUCAUUUUCAUAUGCGAACUUCAAAUCGUUCAUCUCCCGACCUCUCGCGGUAAACUGCUGGAAACUGUUCGGCUAUCCCAGUGCGCAAACCAUAAUCUAGCACGGACGCACACGUCACUCUUACCUCCGCUUAUCAGACGUUAGAACUGGGACAGUGCUGUCAGAUGGGCUGAUUUUUAAGUAAGCCGGGGGAUGUUGAGGGCGAAUUGUUGAAAAGGUUCAUAAGGAGAGGAAAACAGUCAUUAGGGACAAGUCUUUCGGAAUCUAAAACUAAAUGCACUCGCGUUUUCAAGAGCACACCUCGCAAAACGGAAGCAACGCAUAACUGUCAAUUUUAUUAUUCCACGUAUGCUGCGACGCAGCAAAGCUGGAAUAAGAAAAAUGACAUUUGUGUGUUGCUUCCGUUCUGAAUGAUGUCCCUUUAAAAUUAUUAACGCAGAAGCAAUAGCCCAACACUCUCACUGUUUGUUAAUGCAGUGACCGAUACUUGUUGUUAUUUUUCCUAACAAUCAUUCCGUUAUACGAUCCCAACCUGUUAACACGUUAUUAAUAAUACCUCUAAUAGUUCGUUUGUUACACAACGUGUUUCGUGGUGUUUGCGUCUUAACUCGAAGUAUUAGUCCCUCAAUUGAUUAUGGGCGACCAACGCAAGGAUGCUGCGUUGAACGGAAUUUACCAAUUCGCUGGGAAAGGCUAUGACGGCUAGCAGUUCCGUGUUCAAACCUGCUUGGAGUCUGUGAACGUGUGGGAUGCCAUCGUAGAGGACGCUCAUGCGGUAGCUGCCGAAGCGGCCACAUUAAAAGAAAUGGAUAGGACGGCUAUAGCGUUAUUGGUGGGUUUCGUGUCUGACGAGUAUCUUGUAUGUGUCCGUGAUAAGGCCACUUCAAAAGUAACGACGAAGAAUCUCGAAGAUACGAAGAAAUCAGCUGGAAGGCAAACCCUGAUCCGGAAGCAAAUUGCAAGAUUGCAUCUAAAGAACGGCAGCUCAAUUCGAACUCAUUUGCUGGAAUUUGAAGACCUAAUUUGUCAGUUGCAUAUGGCGGGAUCAAAGCUAGAAGAAAGUGAUAAUUUUUCAUCUCUGACGCUUUCGGAAUUAUAAGACGCUCUGGUAACUGCUCUAGAAAAUUUACCUGCGAAUGGACUAACGUAUAAAGUAAUGAAGACUCGUUUGAAAGCUGAAGAUUCGAAGCGAAACGAACGAAACUACAUCUUGGAAGAUAAUCCAGCAGCGUUUGUUGAUGGCAACAAAAGAAAGAACCAAGGUUCAACGGUAAAUGUCAUGCAUGUGAAAGAAGAGGCCAUAUGCAGAAGUAUUGCAGUAAAGGUAAAGCUAAUUCAAAUGUAUCGAAUUCAUCCAAAGCAGUGGCAUUAAUGAUAGAUCGAGGAAAAUAAGAGCGAGAAAUUGUCGGGAAGAUCAUCUUUAAUUUGGACUCUGGAUCGAGUGACCACCUCGUUAAUACGAAAGCCUAUGCUACAUCCCUGAAACCUGUGUCCUAUAUGUUCCAAACCUUCGUGAUAAAUCAGUUAAGAAUUUGUUAAAAGCAGAAAUUGAAGUUGUGUUCAAUGAAAAGUAAGCUAUACUGAAGUUGAAUGGCAGAUCAAUUGCUACAGUUUACUUACGAGGAAACCUAUACGGCUUAAAAUAGACGUGCCGAAGAAGGAAGCUAAUCUAUGUGACAUUAAAGCUGGAAAACUGUGGCACCGGCGCUUGGGCCACAUUAGUCAACGAGGUUUGGAUACGAUGGCUAGGCAUCGCGUACCAUGUGAGCCAUGUAUUCAAGGUAAGCAAUGCAGAGAACCUUUUAAUGAUACUAGAUAACGUGCGACUCGUCCUCUCGUGAGAAUACACUCAGUCACGUUGUGCAAAUCUAUCUAUUGAAGAAGACGGAAGUUGUUGAAAAAAAUAAGGAGUACGAAGCAGCGGUGACGGCAAUGAUCGGCAAGCCAAUUUCCUGGAUGACCGUAGACCAAGGUUGGGAAUAUUUUUCGUUAAAUUAAAAGACUACUAUAAUCAGAAAGGCGUUCCCCAGACAACCAGAAUGCAUGCAUAAUAGAAUUGUUUUUCUGUUAUGCGAUGCCUAUGCGCACAAAUUUCAUCGCUUACCAGUCGCGAAAACACUUUUUACGUACAAAAGUGGAGGCGAUAUAAGUGUAUUUCUUAUCCGACGUUGCACGGAAGUGUAUGCGAUGUGCACGAUUUUUAUGCGAGUUUGUUCGUUAUGCAUUGCGAUGUAGUUUGUGAUAACAAACUCUGUUUGACAGAUAAUCCGAUUUCAUGUGAGUUUGAUUGCAGGAAUAUGCGAUGUCAACAAAUGAAGCUGGAAUAAACUCGUAAAAUAGCCUACUGUGCGGGAAAAUUUAUAAAUAAACUGAUGAGCUUUGCACAACAAUGCGAAUCUGAUGAAACUUGGAUCGGUAAACGAUUUUGAUCGUGCAUUCUUAUGCGAUGUGUGGUUGUCUGGGUCAUGCGUAGCCAAUGCGUCACAGCAAAAUGCCGUAGCAGAAAGGUUCAACCGCAUUCCUACGUCGGCCUAGCACCACUAGGCCUCUCCAGCAGAAAUGUAAUUUACUUGUAAACCUAACUUGGACAAAUUGCGUAUCUUCGGAUGCAAUUGUUAUUCCUGGAUACCGGCACAACAACGGACGAAACUGGAUCCAAAAAGCCGUGAAAUUGUGAUGAUCGGCAGUCACCGAAUGUCUACCGACUAUGGGAUAAGAAAACGAAAAAAAAUCGCAUAUCAAGAGAUCUCAAAUAUGAUGAGUUUUUUUUAAACUUUUAGUGAUUAUUUUUAGGCCUGAAAUUCGAUGAGUGUUCAUUUCCUUAAGCAGACCCCACACGAGGCAUAUAUUUACAAUACUUUUUUCGUCAAACUUUUCAUCAAACUUUUCUUCAAUAUUUUCACUGAUUAGCCGGCAUGGCCGUAGCUGAAGAAAAACUCAUUUUUUUCUUGAACUAAUACAAAUCAAAUAGCGAUAUAACGCACAAAACACGCAAACACUCAACCGUCAUCGACUCCUGUGGGCAAAGUGCGGGGGAAGAUGAGGGGAAAUAUUGAAAGCAAUAUCAAACUUUUCUGAUUUCCCUCAAUAUGUACUUCAAUAUUUUGGGUUCGCACUCACACCAUCAAUCUUUUUCUUCAAUAAUCAAGAGUUUGUCAAACUUUUUCCGUCGUGUGGAGUCUGCUUUAUGUCGAAGAAGAGAUGAAAUUCAAAGUUGAAGCCGUACCCUUGUCAGUCACACGCUCAUUUUUUUUCUACUCAAUAGUGAGUAGUUUUGUAUAGCCGUCUCUUUUUUUCCCACAGAAAUUUUACUCACUUUUUUUUUUAAAGUGCAACCAUUCAAAAUUUUAGUAGUUCCAUUCCACUUUUUUUCAAAAAGUGAGUAGAAUUUCUGUGGGAAGAAAAGAGACGGCAAUACAAAACUAAUCACCGGUGAGUAAAAUGAGCGUGCAGGUCUCAGGAGCAAGAGGGGGAAGAUAAAGCACGAAUCAAGGAUGAUAAACUAAUUCAGAAUCAUAAUGAAGAUCGAGAUAAUCAGGAACUGAAAAAAAAUGUCAGCAGCGCACUCCCUCUGCAAACUGAAAGACAGGAAGAAUUGUCGAGGCACAACAGACAGGAGCUCAGGCUCCACGGGAAGUUUUUAAAUAGAUCAAUCAAGAUAACUCAUUUUGCACUCACAGCAUCAAAACAACGGCGGCACUGUAUACGCGUAUUUCUAUUUGUGUUAUUUUGGCAGAACAUGUCUACGGUGCCUCGAUCAGUUCGUUGCAUUAUGUCGCUUGAAUUCUAGACAUUUUGAUUUAGUUUGUUUUGUAGUGAUCAAAUAACGAACUAAUUGCUUCAAACAUCGCCCAGUUUUUUUUACACGGUUUGGUUUUAGUCGUUUAAGACCUUCAGCGUCAAUGAAACAAUGAGUUAACCCCACGAAAAAAUUCACAAAAAUCAAAGAAAAUUCAGGGGGUACUAAAAAGGCUGUGAAAGUUCAGGUUAGCCGAGAAAUUAAUGAAUUCCAACCGCGUAAAAAAAACCUGGGUGUAGAUGGAUUCUGUUGAAAUCGCUUAGAAGUUCACGAUAAGUUUCGUUAAUAGGAUCACCAAUACCAGGCAACAUUGAACCUCCUUCCAUAAGCGUUUGGACCGGGUUCCAUUCAUCCCAAACCGGACCAACAGCUUAUCGAUAUUCGUUUCUUGAGCUAAACGUAUAAUGCUUCUUUCCCUGUUGAAACUUGGAUUGACUCCUAAGAAAUGGUUGGCUUCUUCAUAAUCUGUCAUAUUGAAAAUGGACUUCAGCUGCUCCUUAAGCUUUAUUAUUGAUGUGUUCUUCCUUCCAGGAAUAAGCAGGUCGAUGUAAAUUUCAUCCCCAGCGCGAAUUCUUGUAUACAAACAAUAAUCGUGUUUUGGACGUUUGAACCCCUAACAGUUUCUGGUUGAACUUCUCGUUCCAACACCUUUAACCCGUAAAGUGACUUGACCAGUCUACAUAUAGUGUUAGGAUGAGCGUCGACUCCAUCAGGUCCACUCACUCCAUCAGGUCACUCCAUCGCCAUGAACAUCUUCUGCUUCAAAUCUCCGUGCAAGAAUGGCGUUUUUACAUCCGUUUGAAGGAAAAAGAAUCUUGAGUGUAUGCUGGCUGCCAGGACAAUUCGUAUUGUGAUUAAUUUUGCAACUCGAGCGAAAAUUUCAUCAAAGUCCAGUCCUGGUUUCUGCAAGAAUCUCUUCACUACCAGUCUGGCUUAGUGUCAUACCUUUUUCAUCCGAAAAAAAUCAUCUUGGUUUCAACAGUUUUACUACGCCUGGACAUUUCGUGAAUUGUCAAACGUUAUUUUUCUCCAUGGAUCAAAGUUCAUCUAUCAAAUCUUUUCGAUCUAGUCGAUCUUAGAUUUUAUCGAACGUCUCAGGUACACCUGAUGGAAAUAAACUUCCUGAAGUAGCUCUAUACGCAGUCAAAUAAUGGAUCAAUUAGUAAGCAAAAACUGUCGCGACAUAAUGAAGCAGAACCGUUGGCUACACAUUCAAGGUUUUCGGGAACGGCAAAAAGCAACCAACAGUUGCCACUUCCUCAAGCGAAGCUGAAUUUGUGGUCCUUAGUUCUGCGGUAUCUGAAGUACAUUAACAUCAAACAUCAUUUUCUGCGAGAGAGAGUUUGUUAAUCCAUCAUGUAGCAACUCAACAUCAACUCGCAGAUAUGUUUACCUUCGUACCAUUUUGUUUCAUGGAGGAUUUCGAAGUUUUAAUCAUUUAAAUAAUCAAGAUUUUUCAUGUUCCCGAUAUGGGUGGAAGCAAGUUUGGAGUGUAGAAGUUGAAAAGGAGACGCCAAGGCAUUGAUCCAAAUCGGUUUUUCUAGUCGACGACAGACAACACCCAUUUAUACGGAGCUACAAGAUCUCCAAGGAGAGCUGGAAGGAACUAAAGAAACACCACCAGAAGAGUGCAUCCGCAUCCGCGUGCUAAGGAACUGUUCGUAUGUCUUGCAAACAAUGCAUUGGACAGAAUCUAGAAUCCAGUCUAAAGAUGGCUAUAGUGUUGAAUUGAAAAGCAUGACCGACUCUUCCGACAUUCUGACGGUAGCGUUGGAAAGCCGUUAGGAGGAGAAGCUGACCAUGGAGCUGGUGAAGCCCCAAGUAACCAAAAGUUGCUUUAAGAGUACGUUUUUCGCUUAAUCAGCUUCACUGAGCUGCUUAAGCGAAAAACGUACUCUUAAAGGUACUUUUGGUUACUUGGGGCGAUAAUUGCUGGAUGAAGGAUGAAGGAGCGAACUGGAGAAAAAACCAUCGAGAUGAGUCGAUCCACCGUACUGAUGGGGACGAGAAAGCCAUUGAAUGUCAUAACUGCCACAAACCCGAUAAUUUGAAGCGCAAGUGUCCAACGCCAAACGCUGGACGGGCAUUUACAACUGGCGGUGGCGAAAAAACCGAAACCAAAAGCGAAUAUUGGCAUGACAACACCAUUUGCGUUCAUGGCAUCCUGGAGUGUGUAUCGAAGGUGUGGAUCGUUGAUUCGGAAGCAAUUUGGUUUAGGAUUUGAAUUUGAACCUGGUUUCGGUUGGAAGCCUGGUAGUUAUGAGGCUGAGGUGAUUUUCUCUGGUAUCCGUGGUAGUAUUAUCCAACGUGACGGAGUCACCGCCGCAGUGGCAAAGAAAAUUGAAGACUGUUAAGGAGUGCGGUGUGGUUGUAGCAUUAUACCACAAGAAUUACAUCCGUUAUUGCAACCAUAAAGUAGGCAAACGUGAUCCUGAUCAUGAAAGUUUGGCAUUCAAAAACGUAGCGUGUUUCAGAGUACUGCGACGAAGGUGAGAUGACUCGGCUGCUAUUACGAAAAAAGGAGGAUCAACAAUCUACGAAAGCUCGAAAGCGAAAGGGAGUAGAUGAAAGCAAUGAAGAUACAGAUUCCAUUGACACCGCAAGCGAACGGUAAGUGUGAAAUUAAUAGAAACUGAAGAUUUACAGAGGGCCAUAUAUGUAUGAACAAGCAUUGUUCAAAUCGCUGUUAUUCUGCCUAACGUUCUUCCGGAACGGCUUGGGUAGUGACGUGGUGAUCACUGUACCACGACAGGCCUUGCUUGCAGUCGCCAGUUGUCGAAAAAUAUGCUGGUAAAACAUGUAGACGUUAAGACGGCUUAGACAAGUCGAUAACUCGGGUCGGGCCUUUAACAUGUCGGGGAUAAGGUAACCCUCUUAUCAAGGAACAACUAAUACUCUACUUUACUCCACGGCAGGCUACUGACUGAGUAUUCUGACCUGAGCCCAUAACCUGUUUGGAGAUAAAAGAGCCUCCUCACGAAAAAAGAAUUAAGAUAGUCGACUGUCGAGUCAAGUCUAUAAGUGUCGUCUGCCAUUUCUCUAGCAAGCGGAACGGAGAACAACACAACCUUUGUAGCUGUGCGACCACUGACUGUGUCCCCCAGUUGAAUCAGCUGGAAAAUCAAUAAUAAAUUAUAACCAACCAGGCAUGUUGACGCGUUCUCUUCCAGUCAGAUGAGAUAGCAUUGAUAUAACCAACUACCCUUUUAAGGAUUUGCAGUCCAAACCUCGUCAAGUUGCAUGUAGCUGAGUGGCAGUUUUUUUUUUCAUUGGCGCUUGGUGUGGAUUAGCUGAACCCCAACCAUGGUAUUUGAAAGAAAUAGUCGUUUGCAUGUUAUCCGGCUGUGAACUUAAGCACUUCUGGGUAGAGGCGAUUGCAACAUCCCGCUCAUUUCGGAAGAUUAUAAACAAGUAACUACGAACUAUGAAGAAGUAACAAACCUGAUGUAAAUAACCUGAAAGUUUUCAGUUGUGAAGCACACCUCCAUAUACCGAGCAAAAUAAGCAGUAAACUGCUCAAUAAAGCGAAAAAGUUUAUAUUUGUUGGAUAUGAUUCCCCGUUUUUUCGACAAGCUCGCCAUCAGCAGGGAUGCCACGUUCCUAGUUCUAGUUCCUAGUUUCUAGUGGGCUCAGAACAACAGGAAAUACUUCUGCCAAUCAGCUACAGCUGUCUUUAUUUCAACAACAGGUAUACACAAUCAUCAACAACAGUAUCCCUUGAUCCAAAGAGCCGGCGCAUGCUUCCUACCCAUCUUCCGUCCACGCCGAGGUGUCACACACUAUCUGAUAUUCCAACACUCCCCCUUAGUGUGGACGCCUUGCAACACUUCUGGCUCCUAACACCGAGUCUCUUCUCCUAAACUCUUCUUCGCCGAAACAACUCCUGGUCCAAUUCCGUUAUUCCAAGUUCCGUUCCGUACAAAUGGCCCUCACUCCGAAGUUUGCACGCCAACCUCUCUAGCAAAUGCGCCUGUACAGGUGGCCCGACUCCGAUGCUUGAACGAUACCUCUCAAUCUUCUGACGACCAGCUCCUGUUGCGAUUCGUAGCUCCACCUGGACUCUUGCUGACCAGCCAGCAACCAAUCGAACAGUCCAAUCUCCUGAAGAAUUCCGUUCGGCGCCACCCAUGGCUUAUGUGGCCAAACCAUGAUCCCACUGCGCUCCGCGACGUUUACGGCUGAUCCAUGAUCCCACUGCUGUUACGGCCAAAACAUCCCACUAAGAUGUAGACCCCAAUCCACAAACUGUUGGAAAACAAGGGAACCCUCUCACAAAGAACAAAACAAUAAUCCUCGAUAGGCUACUGACUGAUACUUCUGCCAGCAACUUUAGCUCUCUUUAUUCAACCAACAGGCAUAUACAAUACAAGAAUAACAGUUUUUAUACCAAUGAGCAACUACAACUAACAGGCGCCUCUUCCUGCCCAUCUUCCGUCCACGCCGAGGUGUCGCACACUAUCUGAUAUUCUGAUAUUCCUUGUCUCCCAGGAGUAUUCUUCGAGGUAUUUGCCCUUGUGGCGAUGUAAUAUACGCUGAAAGUGCUGGUAAUGAUCAUCAGCCAAAGAAAACUAGGAGUGAGGCCCGUUGCAGUCAAGAAUGUCAACCUAAAGAUGUUUGGAAAAAAAUAUUUUCAUGUGGCUACCCCUGGAUUUUUGGUACCAAGAAAAGAGAAAUAACGUCCUAUCGUUGUGGUAUGCCCUAAUGUUGCGGUAGUGUUAAAGUAGUCCAUUCUGGAUAUAAUACCAUUGCAAACAAUUGUGGGAACGCUAAAACUCUUCGGAUUAACGACUAGAACAGCUUUUGUUUGACAAAAUUCCGUUCAGAACGAUGAAAAAUCGACAUUUUUCGUUUAAAAUUUGAAUCCUUUGAGCCUAUUAUUGCGGUAGUGCUAAGGUCCUAUUGUUGCGGUAUCGCUCUCCAUAAGAAUUACAUGCAAUACCGCAACAAUAGGACUGACCUUCAAAAAAUAUCGCAACGAUAGGCAACUGCGUCCUAUUAUUGCGGUAGUUUGUUUUUAUUGUGAUAAAAACAAAACAAAAUAAUUUCAGCACAAUUGACGUAAUGUUUACUAUAGUUAACGAGCAUCCUAUUCAACUACUACAAUGUAAAAAUCGACCAACAGGUAAUUUUUGAAAAAAAAUUGUAAGCAAUUUUGUUUUGACACGAUGCUUAACCCCUCCAUAAUAGGUCGUUUUACCCUAUAUUUGCAAGCUGGAGCGAAACCUAUUCGGCCUAAUGCAGAAUUCUCGCUUAACUUUUCAAAAGGACCUAAGUAACAUUUUUUUUCAUGAAUUAAUUUGAAUAGCGCAAUCAACAGAACAACAUGAAAGAUUUUGAUUGCAGUACUCAAAUUAAAUCAUGAAAAAAAUGUUACUUAGGUCCUUUUGAAAAGUUAAGCGAGAAUUAUUGAGUACUGGACUUGUCGUCAGCAAUUCGAAGGCGAGCUACAUAAUAUGAAUAGGGGCUAAAGGAGACAAUGUGAAGCACUCAGAAGAUUAGUUCGUGGAAACGAAAUCAACAGAAAACGAUUCGUGUCAGGAAAUCCUGCUUAGUUUGGAUUCUGCGAUACACUUCUUUAGAAAGAAGUUCAACGUCGUAUCAAACUAAUAUCUGCAAAAUACUCAAUAGUCCGGUAAUCGUCCACGGCGGACAUGAGUGCUGGACAUGGCUUGUGGGGAUCCAGUGCUUGUUUGAGGAAAAAUGCAGCGUAUCAUCCAUGGUAGAAUGCAAGUGGAAGACGAAGUAUGGAGGAGGCAAAUGGAACGUGUACAAGAAAUCUUGCAUUCAAAAAAUUGCCAAUGUUUUAAGGAUGCGAAUAGCGCGGUCCUCGUUGUUUCUAGACAGAAACACGGCAAAUAUGUUGAUUAUUUCGGAACCACUACAUUACAAUACACAGAGCUGUAUAAACGAACAAUUUAUGAUAUAGGAGAGACGCUUAUUGAGCACAUAUUUUGCAAUAAAAUGGUUGAAUAUGAUAAGUAGUCAAUUUUCUCAUUUUCAUUAAAAAAAAGUUUCUAGUUUAUAUCCUUAAGCAUUUAACAGUAGAUAAUUAGAAUUUUGAAUUAGCCCAUUUGACAGCACAUCCGACCCAGAUCUUCGAAUCUCAUGGCAUUCAUUUCACAAUUGACUUUCCUGCAUUUCAAAAUAUUCAUAUACAUUUUUCUACGAUCUCAUUCGGUUUACACGUUUCCAAAGCAGUACUACUUGCUGUCCUAACGAAUCACCGCUACAGCCCAGAUGGAAAAUUCGUUUUAUUUGAGGUUUCAUUUAAAUAAAAUUGAAAUUAUGCCAUCGGGUUUUCACAUUCUUUACUUGUAACGAACAUAUGCUAACUGUCCACCAGGAGGGUCGAAACAUCACAGAUUGCUGCUUACUAUCUAUGAAACGCAUAGUAAUAAUUGGCCUAUGAUUUCCUUUUAGCUUUAGAUCGAGAAUUACCGAACCAAUCACGUAAGAUAUUAUUCGUAUAACCAGAGUGAAACACACAGACAACCAUAAUAGGAAUACUUCUACAACGACUUUAACUCGUUUUGGCAUUCGAAACGAAACAACAAACAAAAUAUUAAAAACACACAACAAUGGAAACGACAAUUGCAAACACAACCAGAAGUGUGACACAAUCGGCGUUGUUUUGACUAUCGCGAACAAUCGUCGAUGUGAGGAGGAAGCUGUUAAAUUCUUAUGAUCAUAUAUAUAUUAAAACUCAUUUCAUGUCGAAAGUUGAAUACCAUUGAAAUCGAACCGAACAAAUUCUUAUCAUAACGAAUGGAUGACAAAAGAGCGAUUUUUUAUAAAUAUUAAACUGUCCGGGCACACAAAGUAAAGUUAUUAUUUUUCUUUUGUACUAAAUAUAGAUAUUUUUAUUAUUCUAAAACUCAACCAGUUUUCGAACUUCUCUUUGGGACCGUUCAGGGAGAAUUUGAUCAAUCAUUCGCGCGAAAAGCAGAAGACAUAGUAGAGCGAAGGAAGUUUGGGUAUUUGCAUAAUAAUCAUGUGUUCAAUGAAUGUAUUUGAUUACCGUUGUAUGACAAAACGGAAACACGGUAGCAGGAGGGCGAGGAUGUGUCAGUGACAGUCACAAAACAUUUUUAUCACUACAAACAACAACACAAGGGAAAAUCAAUAUUGAUAACAAUACACUUGUAAUGGCGAAUUGUGGAGCCAAAGAUAUGAAGAAAAAAAAACAAGAAAAAUAAAUUUUAUUACUUUACUAUCAUGAA